AUGGCUGAUCUGACAAAAAUUUCUAAGAUAUUCAGUAACGAAAUUACGCCUAAAAUGAGAUUUGCCGGAUUAUUUUCUUAUUCAAAUACCAACACAUAUUGUGUCGAUCUCGGUGGAAACAUCAUUCUAAGAAUAAGCUCUCUUGGUUUUCCACAUGGAAGAAUAUACUUUACGGACAACGAAAAUCCACCAAAUGACAUACAGAUCCCAACCGGGAUUACCAUAACAAAUGUAACCAGAAAUAGACCGGUAGCGCCAGUAUUUCUCCGACCGUUUGGUGACUUUAUCAUCAGUUAUCCUUUAAGUUAUGAAAUCACCUUUAACAACAAAGUAGUUGUUGGCUUGGUAGACCAAGAGCAAAGCGUAGUAGAAAUUGCCAACCAUCUACACUAUUUUGUUGAAUAGUUGUUAUAUUUUGUAUUUCCAAGAGGAAAUUUUAUAAAGAAUUUGGUAUUUGAUGAUCUUUCAACAUAAAAUAUAAAGGAGGCCUCCAUCUAUUAUAACAAAUAAAGUGCUAAAUGGAAAAGAAGUGACAUAAAUAUUAUGUUUUUUGAUACAACUUAAAAAAGUUUUAAUAAUAAAGUAUUUGUAUAUUCUAAUUUAAAAGAUAUACCAUCUAAUGUCAUACUUCAAAGAUUAUAAUACCAUUUGCAAAAUUUGACAUAUAAUAUCUUAUUAUAUCAGAUUAGCUUUUAUAAAUUAAUAUUAAAUUUUAAAUAGAAUUAGAAUGAUAUUCUGUGAAUUGUCA